UAACUAAAAUUUAGUUCAUUUAAUAUUUACAAAAUAUAUUACUACAAAUAAUGAAAUUUUAAUAAUUAUUUUUUAUGAUUUAUAUAUUAAUCAUGACGAAUAUGAAGCCUAAAUAAUAAAAUUAUAGAAUUAUACAAUAUAUAACACUACAUGUAAAUCAAAUAUUUAAAAUGUUUAUGAUGAUAUCAAAGUUAUACAUUUGUAAAAAAUGGAUCAAAAUUUUAGUAUUAGUUAAAUCCUAAUAGCUUUUAAUUAACCCAACAUGUAAUUUUCCUAAUAUUUUAUUUGUAAAUUUAGGCUUCAUGACAUAUUAAGAAAAAUAAUAAUAUAUAUUAAUCAUGACGAAAAUUUAUUGAAUGGGAGACUUCUUCAUCUAUGUGUAGCCAUAGAGUAACCACAUGAAAUUUUUUGCUAGCGUUUUUGUUUAUAAGGGCUUAUUAGUUUAUUUACCACACUUAUUAGCUUCAUGUUUUUAUGUUUUUCUGAAUCAAGCAAGGUAGUAUGUAAUACUCAUGAUUUUAUUAUUGCUGAAAGUAGUAAUGCUCUUGCGAUAUUUAUUAAUAUUUUUACAUUUAUAAGACCUUAUAAAAUAAUUGUAUAAGAUUCACUAUACAAUUAUUUUAUAUACCUGUUGUGCUUACUUGAUAUCAAGAAUACUCUCUUAAAAUUGUAUUAUCUUAGUUCUUAGGCUUUUUUUUCUUAGUAUUCAUCACAUCCAUUGCUAAUAAUGUUACUCAAGUCCAGCAAACUAUUUUUUUCAAAUCUGCUAACAAUGAUCAUUCCUACCGUUUCUUUAAACCUAGCUUUAUUUCAAUUCUGAUUGGGUUUUAGCUCCCACAUUAAUUUUUUUAUAUGAAUGGUAAGAAAAGUGUUGAUAGUUUCAAGUAAAAGCUCCUGACUUUAACUUUAGAAUUAUUUAUUAUAUUAAAACUGAAGUACAAAACAAUAUUUACCUAUUUUUAAGUGAUUUCUUACAUCUUCUUCCUUUUUUUUAACUAAUUUAAACUAUUUUAUUUAUUAUUAUUUUCAAAAUUUGACUUUAUUUAUUACAGAAUUCAAAAUAGAAUUACAUCUUUUAUAUUCAUUUUUUUCACUCUUUCGAAUUACUUCAUUAAUUAUAUUUACUAUAAUAAUUCGACAACAGUUGCUUUACGUGUUAACCAAAAUAAUUUUACAAGUUUGAAUGAAAUUCAUUCAUUCAUGGCAAGAAUUCAACCGGUUAAUAAUUUUUAUUUGUUUACAAGAUCAGUUAGACAUGGACAUCAAAGUAUCAGUUCGGGUAUACGAAUCGGUUUUUUGGUUUAAAAUUAAACUUUGUUCAGAUAUUAUAAACUUUUGGACGGGAUUCGGACUCGGAUCCGGAUAGAUUUGUAUGAACUUAAAAGAAUCCAAAUAACUCAUUUGUUUAAAAAUUUCAUUAAACAAUUGGUAAAAACAUGAAGAUUAACACCUACACGGGUGUGCGGGUCUAGUUGGUGUUAAACUAAAAUUAUAUAUGCUCAGAAACUAGGAAGUCUAAUUUUCCUUUCUUAGUAGUUACUUAUGCUCAAAAGAAAAGAACAAAGACGAGCGAGGAAUAAAGAAAAGAAGAAAGGAGAAAGAUAUUAUAUUUGAUUAUAAGCAAGGUAUAACAAACCUGUAGUAUAACAUUAUCGACACUUGGUGGUACCACCACAUAUACUUUAAAAAAAAAAACUUUCACUAGCCUAGAACUGUCCCGUGUGAAUUAAACUAGUUUCGGUUCACGUGAAUCUCUCUCUGCUUCAACAGAAGAAGACAAGAUGGGUGAUAUGUUUCCACCACGUUUGAAGAAGUUUUGGGACAAAUGGAACAUUCGUGGAGUCAUAAUGCUCAGUCUAUUCCUCCAAACAAUCCUUAUCUUCUUUGCACCGAGCCGGAAACGCACAGCAAAGAAGCUCUUCCUCGUGCUCAUAUGGUCAGCUUAUCUUCUUGCUGAUUGGGCGGCCGAUUACGCAGUGGGACAAAUCUCAGACAGUCAAGAAGAAGCUGCUGACAAACAUGACAAGACCCGUGAGCUGUUAGCUUUCUGGUCACCUUUCCUUCUCUUGCACCUUGGAGGUCCAGACACCAUUACAGCACUUGCCCUGGAGGAUAAUGAGCUUUGGAACAGACACUUGUUCAGCCUUGUCUGCCAAGCGGUCGCUACUGUCUACGUGAUCUUGUUGUCCACACCCAACAGGCUUCUGACUCCGACGGUUAUCAUGCUUUUCGGCGGAGUGAUCAAGUAUGUCGAGAGAACAUCAGCCUUGUUCUCAGCGAGUCUUGACAAGUUCAAGGACUCUAUGCUCGAGGAUCCUGACCCUGGUGCUAACUACGCGAAGCUCAUGGAGGAAUAUGCUAAUAAAAGGGAUAUGAAUAUGCCAACCGAGGUCAUUGUCGUGGAGGAUCCAGAGAAAGGGCGUGAAUGCAUUACUCCGGUUAGACCCAAGGAUGAUCUCACCAACCUUCAAGUCGUUCAGUAUGCUUUCAAGUACUUUAAUAUCUUCAAAGGUCUUAUUGUUGAUCUUAUCUUCACUAACAAGCAACGCGACGAGAGCAGGAAGUUCUUCGACUCUCUGAAACCAGAAGAAGCUCUAAGAAUCAUCGAAGUCGAGCUCAGCCUCAUCUACGAAAGCCUCUUCACAAAAGCGGAGAUUCUUCAUAACUGGACCGGAGCUGUGUUCCGGGUUAUAGCUCUAGCGUGUCUUGUCUCCUCACUCUGUCUCUUCAGUCUUAAAAACGAAGCUGAGUACGAAGGAUUCGAUGUUGCUCUUACUUACGCGCUGCUCAUAUGUGGAAUAGCUCUUGAUUCCAUCGCUCUUCUCAUGUUCUGUGUCUCUGACUGGAGCAUCGCUAGACUGAGGAAUCUCAAGGAGGACCUGGACGAGAAAGACCCUUGGGCUUGGGUGGACAGAGUUCUCAACUGGAUCCUCGGCUUCAGGACGCUGAGGUGGAAAAGAUCCAUAUGUUUCAUGGAUGGACAUGAAGUUCUCGACAGGAACUUUAUGUUUCGCAGAUGGUCUGAGUAUGUUCAUGCGUACAACUUGAUCGGUUACUGCUUGAAGAUACGUCCCAAGAGAUUCCAUCCUACCAAGGGUAUGAUACACAGUUUCAUCCCAUGCUCCGGAACUCGCCAGUUUUGUAGCUUGAUCCACCGUACUCUAAGCAACUUGAGCAAGUGUAACUGCAUCAUCCUUCCAGUUACUUUACUUCGUCACCAGCUUGGACGUUUGAUCAGGUCCGUCCUAGAGUUUUUCGGUCUCACCGAGUUGGUUGAGGAGAUAAGAUUCACAACCAGUGAUCGUCUCACGAGAGAGCUGUGGGAGUUCAUAUUCAAACAGGUGCAACACAAACAUCGUUUUGCUGAAGAUCCAGAGAGUGCCAAGAGUAUAUCUUCAGCUAGAGGAGACUGGACUUUAGUUGAAACAUCAAGCAAAACGGCAGAAGGAGGACCAGACCAUGCGAAGCUUCUGAGAUAUGUGACGGAAAAGGAUUACGACCAGAGCAUUCUCAUGUGGCACAUCGCUACAGAACUUUUGUACCAAAGCCCUGAAGAAAAAGAAGGCAUCACAAAGAAGGAAGAAUACACUAACCGAGAGUUCAGCAAAAUCCUAUCUGACUACAUGAUGUACCUCCUUAUCAUGCAGCCUGCGCUUAUGUCAGCUGUGUCCGGAAUCGCAAAGAUACGUUUCCUUGACACAUGCGCAGAGGCAAACGAGUUUUUCGAGAGGAGGCAUAUCAAUAAAACAAGGCAGGAUGAGAAAGAGAACCUGGUGAAAGAAGCUAGCCGAGCUAUUCUCUCUGUCAAAACAUAUGUUGAGCCUAUGGAUGUGAAAGGAGACCGAAGCAAAUCUGUGCUGUUUGAUGGAAGCGUGCUUGCACAGGAGCUGAUGAAGUUACAAAAGGGAAGAGAGAACAUGUGGGAGGUAGUGAGCAAAGUGUGGGUUGAGUUGCUUUGCUUUGCAGCAACUCAUUGUGACUCUCAAGAACAUGCCUCUCAGCUCAGCAAAGGUGGUGAGCUUAUUAACUUCGUCUGGUUGUUAAUGGCUCAUUUUGGACUCGGAGACCAGUUCCAAAUCAAUAGGGAUGAUGCUAGAGCCAAACUGAUCGUGGCCAAGUGAUUAGUCCAAAAAGAAACUACACAAAAAUCAUCAAUAAACUAGUUUCUUUGUGUGUGUUUUGAAUUUGUACUUCCUUGAAUAAUCUGCACUUGUAGUGUAGUCAACUUAUUCGAUGUUUAUUGAAAAUGAAAAUCAUCUCUUUUGUUAGUUUAUUGCCAUUGAUAAUGAACUUGCCAUUUUUUGCGUG